GCGUGACGUUACGCGUGAUGUGUGGGAGGGCAGGAGCCGGGGCGCCGCGCCUGGGGGAAGGCGGGUCUGGGAGCUGCAGAGGCCAGAAGCCCGGGAGCUCGGGAAAGCAAAAUGGGUGAGUUGCCCUUGGAUAUCAAUAUUCAGGAACCUCGCUGGGACCAAAGCACUUUCCUGGGCAGAGCCCGGCACUUCUUCACUGUUACUGACCCCCGAAAUCUGCUGCUGUCCGGAGCACAGCUGGAAGCUUCCCGGAACAUCGUGCAGAACUACAGGGCUGGCAUGGUGACGCCUGGGCUCACCGAGGACCAGCUGUGGAGGGCCAAGUAUGCGUACGACUCUGCCUUCCAUCCGGACACAGGGGAGAAGAUGGUCCUGAUUGGCCGUAUGUCAGCGCAGGUGCCCAUGAACAUGACCAUCACUGGCUGCAUGCUCACCUUCUACAGGAAGACCCCGACGGUGGUGUUCUGGCAGUGGGUGAAUCAGUCCUUCAAUGCUGUUGUUAACUACUCCAACCGCAGUGGCGAUGCUCCCAUCUCUGUGGGGCAGCUGGGGACAGCUUACGUGAGUGCCACCACCGGUGCCGUGGUCACAGCCCUGGGGCUCAAAUCCCUCACCAAGCACCUGCCCCCCCUGGUCGGCAGAUUUGUGCCCUUUGCAGCUGUGGCAGCCGCCAACUGCAUCAACACCCCCCUGAUGAGGCAGAGGGAACUGCAGGUGGGCAUCCCAGUAACUGAUGAGGACAGUCAGAGACUUGGCCACUCGGUGGCUGCGGCCAAGCAGGGAAUCUUCCAGGUGGUGAUAUCGAGAAUCUGCAUGGCCAUUCCUGCCAUGGCCAUUCCCCCCGUGAUCAUGGACACUCUGGAGAAGAAAGACUUCCUAAAGCGUCGCCCCUGGCUGGGGGCUCCCCUGCAGGUGGGACUGGUGGGCUUCUGCCUGGUAUUUGCCACCCCCUUGUGCUGUGCCCUGUUCCCCCAGAGAAGCUCCUUACACGUGAGCAGGCUGGAGCCAGAGCUGAGAGCUCGGAUCCGUGAGCAAAACCCUGACAUCGAAGUGGUUUACUACAACAAGGGGCUUUGAGGGAGGGUUGGCCCCUGGCCCCCUCCCUCACCUCCUUGGGCUGCUGCUUUAGUGGCGCCUUCCCUCCCCUUACCUUGCCCAUCUGCCUGGUACUGGGUGGGGGCUGCGUGGGGGCACGGCCAGUGAGACCAGCAAUCCAUUAGGCUGAGAGAGGUGCCCCCGUCCAGCCUUUUUCUCUCCUCCCUGGUUUCAAAGAGCAGGGUCACAUAAUCCCUUUCUCCUGGGCUUCUCUGUCUACGUGCAUACAUACACAAUACGUGUGCAUAAGUGUGUGUGUGUGUACGUGCUGUCCUGGAAGCUAGGAAAAGACACGCUGUCCUAGGGUGUCCUGAUAUCUGGCUUCUCUCGGCAUCUUGCCACCUGUCAGCCAGCCAGGCUACAGGACUUCCCUGCUCAACAGUUCUACCAGCCAAGUCAUUUCUAGCAGCACCUCGCCCCUUCUCGACACACAAGGAGCCCCGGGAUCUCAGCACAGAGACUGAGAGACACUGGCAGGCCAAACUGGGCCGACUUCUUCAGAUUUCUGGUUCCUAGCUCCCAAAGCUGACCCGGGAGCUGGGCUGGCAGAGGAAGAUGUAUCAGGAUAAGGGAAACAGGGUGGUUUAGGCCUCCCCCACAUCCUGAAAUAGAGAAGUUCGUCUUCUCUCCUCUAUGAGAACAAAGGGGCACCAGGAUCCUGUAGCACUCCCGCCAUCUUCCCGUCUCCCCGCACUACAGGGUGGGCACCCUUAUGUACAAUCUUAGGAGUUCUUGGUCUGCUCUGACGUUAUAACCUCAGAUCUACACCUAGAGUCCCAACUCCCUCCCCACACCACAAAGCCAUGAAGGCGAGCAAGCAUUCCCCUUUAAGAGCUCCCACUGCCCCCUCUUACAGAGGGACACCGCUGUGGGAAUGGUGCUUAACCUCCACAGGUAUCUGAGUGGAUGUAACUAGGACACCCUCAAGGGCAACUAGGCCCUGAGUGUACAACCUUAAGACAGGACAUUUUAUGUUCUGUUGGCUCUUGUUAGACAUUCAGCAGAACCCUGACCUUAGGUCCUCUUUUGUAAGGCUUAGCCCUGCUCCUACUCCUACUCCUACCCCCACCUCCCAAAAGGAAGAAGGGCCUGGGCAUCCAUAGGUGGUCCAAAGGGGAGGUAGGCUUGGGAAUGGAAUAUAUGGUGGUACACUCAUAGGAUACAGGGCUGGACCUUGACUCUAACGCCCAUGCGCUCUGGCCGAAGCAGUGGGUGUUAUAGAUGGAGGCCCCAGUGGGAUCCUCUAAGAGCACUUUCCUGCUUCCCCAGCUAUCCGCCAUAAGUGACUAAAACUAUGAUGCCGUUGUUACUCAAUAAACUGAAAACCUGUCUA